AUGCGAAGCAGGGAGCAGAAUGCUGCGCCGAACAAAUACACCGAUAUCCAGGCAGAGUAUGCUGAGCACAGCUCUUUGCCGUGCACUUUGGACGGGAUGCGGACUGUGGGGCUCAUCCAAUCAGAUUCCAUGGAUUUGCAGAACGACCCUCGCUUCUUCCAAAGCAACGUCCUCAACAAGAGGCUUGCAGCCUUCAGCAAGGUCGAGCUUGGGGUUAUUUCGUCGCUCAUGCUCGGCGCGUGCACCCACGUCAUCGAGAUGAAGAAAGACUUGAACUUCCAGACGACUGAAGGAAUACUGCGGGCUCUGAGUUUUGGGCUGUUGUCCAUCGUGAUGUUCCUGAGCAUUAUUACAACAUACGUUGGCGUUGCCCAGAUGUACCACACCUGCCGCUUGGAAACUGCAGGACCAACUGGUUUUGAAAUCGCCACGUCGUAUUAUUUGAAUCCCAACAUUGUCGCAUGGCGUCAUUUUGCAGUGAGAUGCAUGAUUCACGGCCUCACAAUCUUCCUCAUCUCGACCGGAAUCCGGGUGUCUGUCACCUUUGAGGAUGUGGCAGAGGAGGCGGGGCCCAAGAUAUCCAAAACUAGCGCUCACAUCUUGGGUCUGGUGACGCUGAUGCUCUUCUGCAUUGCAGGUCUCAUAAUGCAUUACAUAAAUGUGAAGCACCAGGCAAUUUUCCGGUGCAACUAUGAGCAUGCCAAGGAGAACGGAUACCGCAGAGGAAACUGUGAGCUGCCCGUCAUCCAUGAAGAGCCAGACGCUGACGAGGAAUAUUGGCUUCGCAAGGGCCAGGGCUCCCUGCUUGCCCUGCGUCGCUGGCGGUUCGACCGGCGGCCUGGGCACUGCAACCCGGAGCGGAGCGUCGCGCUGGCAUUGGGCGGCAGCAGCCCACUUGGGAGUAUGAAAGUGGGCAAACUGCUGCAGCGUGGCAAGAAUUGUGCGGCUCGAACUCGUUUGGCGCGCCAACUGCCGCCGCCAACUUUGCCGAGCAGCAAGCUGCGCCAGGCGCUGGCAUCGCCGGAAAACACGCUGUGCCAGGGCAAGCCUCCAGCAGAGCCGCCCAUUCACUGUGGUGGUGCUGCCGAUGAGAAGAAGGAGCUUGUGGAGACGAUGCAGCUGCGCUCUGCUGGGGAGCGCAGCACAGGCCGAGAAAAAGAUGGCCCUGCCACGAAGAAGCUGAAAGAUGUCAUGGCCGAGCAGGAAGGGCAAGUGAAGCCAAAGCCGGUGCAGAAGCAUGACUUCAAGGGAAUGAAAAAAGAAACCUUGAUCACGACACCCUUCCGCAUCGAAAGGCUGUGGACAGAGAAAACGGCGGAUGAAAACAUCCCGAAAGAGCCACCGGGCUUGACCCCAGGCCGUCCUCUUGGUCGGGGUCCAAAGUUUCCCGGCCGAGAAGAGCUUAUCAACGAGGGGCCUUUUCCAUUGAGGUCACGGAUAGCUCAGCUCGCCACACACGUCUACUACCUUUGGGGCGAGACAAAGUUUACAGACUAUUUGGCCAGAGGCACACCAGCACAGAAUGUGGCGUUGAACUUGGAGCACUUUGCACGUCAAGCCCACCAUGCAGCAGGAAAGCUGCUUGAGGACACACACGUGCCCUUGUCCAGACCGCCGCCCAACCUUCCUGUCGAGGUCAGUGAAGCCCCGGUCGAGCUUCUAUUGUUGCGCGACCGCUUCUCGCCAGAGGCGGAGCGAGCCUCAUUCCGGAAGCCAUCGGAGAGCUUGGGGCUUGGUUUCCUGUAG